AUGCCUCCCAAGGUCCUUAUUUGCAGCACAAUCGUCUGGGCACACAACGAAGUCAAGCAACUUCUCGGCAAUAUCGCGGAUAUCGUCUACGUCGACUCGCCCAACCGCGCCGCCUUCCUCGCGGAAUUCAAACCCGGUGGCAAGUAUGCAGGGACUGUCGGCAUCUACAGAGAGAACGAGUCCGCGAAGAAGCUCGGCGUCUUCGACAAAGAACUCAUCGAUGGGCUACCGUCAUCAGUGCGAUGGAUUGCUCACAACGGGGCGGGCUACGACCCCGUCGAUGUCCACGCUUGCAUAGCCAAGGGAAUUUACCUUUCGAACACACCAGGAGCUGUCGAUGAUGCGACCGCCACAACGGCAUUGUACCUUCUCAUCUCCACCCUACGCCAAUAUUCAGCGGCAGAACGGUCCCUGCGUGCCUUGAAAUGGAAACCAGCUGGACUGAACAGGAUCUCGCAUGAUGUAACGGGACGAACCUUGGGAAUUCUUGGACUCGGAGGAAUUGGGUUACGUUUGGCGGAAUUGGUGCAGUCCUUCCCCAUGAGGGUGGUUUACCACUCGAGAAGGAGGAACGCCAAUGCUCCCAGCUACUGCGAGUACUUUGAGAAUGUGGAGGAGAUGUUGGCUCAGACCGAUGUGCUGAGCAUUCACGUUCCCCUUCGUGAAGACACUGUCGGUCUUGUCGGCGAAAAGUGGAUACGCGCUCUGAAGCCUGGUUCAAUUAUCAUUAACACCGCAAGGGGGAAGGUUAUCGACGAGGAAGCCUUGAUCAGAGCACUCGAAGAUGGGCAUCUCCAAGCAGCCGGUCUCGACGUAUACCCAAACGAACCCGAGGUCAACCCAAGAUUACUCGAAUUCCCUCAAGUAACUCUGCUACCUCACAUGGGCACCGAAAACCAGGAUUCACAGAAGAAGAUGGAAGUACGGGCCUUGACCAACCUGAGGGACUUUUUGACCACCGGAGCUGGGAAGGAUUUGGUUAUCGAGUACAAGCAAAAGGGGCUCAUCCCUGCGACGAAGGUGAACUCGAAAUUGUAA